AUGGACGUUUCGAGGGACAAGCAACUACUACCUUCAGAUCCCUCUUGCAUAGUUUCCCCACGUCAAGGUUCUCUAAACCAGAGCCUUGAACAAAGUUUCGUAGACGAUCAUGAUUCUAGUCAAGAACAGCUCAAUCAAGAACUCAAUCUCAUCGAUUGCAUAGACUCGAGUACUAUCGUUGUUAGUCAGAGUUGUGAUGGAUCUUCUACAUCUACAGAACAAAAGCUUUUCUCAUGCAACUACUGCCAAAGAACUUUCUAUAGCUCACAAGCUCUUGGAGGUCACCAAAACGCACACAAGAGAGAGAGGACGUUGGCUAAGAGAGGACAACGAAUGUUAGCAUCAGCCUCAUCAGCUUUUGGACAUCCUUACGGGUUCUCUCCGGUUUCCUUCCAUGGACAAUACAACAACAGGUCUUUAGGGAUUCAAGCACACUCGACGAGCCACAAGCUAAGUUCUUCUUAUAACGGGUUUGGUGGUCACUAUGGUCAGAUCAACUGGUCAAGUAGACUUCCAUUUGAUCAACAACCAGCUAUAGGUAAACUUUCUUCAAUGGAAAAUUUUCAUCUUCAUCAACAUCAACYUCAACAUCAGAUGAUGAUGAGUAUGGCUCCUUCAGUAACUUCACCAUCAACAAAUAUCGGUAAAUCAUCGAGCAACAUAGGAAGGAUUCUAGUAGGGUCACCGAUUCUUGAACAAUGGCGAGGAGAAGAAAGAUUAUUUAGCAGUAAUCAAGAAGAGCAGCAUAAGCUUGACUUGUCCCUCAAGCUCUAA